UGGGCGGGCUUCGGUCAGGCAGGCUGAGCAGAUUUGACAAUACGAUGAUGUAUCACUCCUGUUGUUGUGGAGAAGGAAGAACUCGUGAAUGAGUCGAGUUCGCCCGGAUACUCCCGCAUGUUCUCUUAGCUCGAGAGAGCGCAUGCGCGCGAGAGAGACGGAGAGGAGGAGGAUAAACGUGGCAAAAGGGGGCCAACAGGCGUUUAGACAGCUAGACAGUCAGGUAGUCAGUCAGACGUCCACUGUUUGAUCAUAACGGUGCUCUUGGGCGCGCGAGUGGCUCAUCCUGCCUCAAAAGUGUCCGACGACGAACAGCGAAGAACGCUUACGGAACGAGCAAUUUUCUCUUCUAGCAACAAGAAUUGUGUAAUAGUAGUAGUACGGGGUAGAGGGAAGUUAGAGGGAUAGGGAGAGGUAGAGGAGGGAGAGGAGGGAGUGGAGAGAGGGGAGAGAGUGGAGAGAGGGAGGGAGAAGCGAGAGGAGGGAACGGAGCGAGACGGAGCAGCGAGAGGGAGAGCGCCGCGCAAGCCUUUUGUCGUCAGCGGUGUACAAAGGCGUCAUGAUGGGUCGUAUCAGGGGGAUGCACCUGAUGGGUGAGAGUAGCUUCGAUGAUUUGUGCUGGCUGGCGUGGAGCCGUGCGCUACAGAUAAAAUCUGCACCGAACGUUAUUGCAGUGUCACUCUCCUCUUUGCUCUAAUUUACUUUCGCUUUAUAUCCAUCUUUUUCGUUUUUGUUUUGGUGGCUGGCUCGCGCAUAUGUACCGCUCUCCUUGGUUGUAGGCAGAGGGGUAUCAUCGUUGUAGAGUUGAGCUGGAUUCGCUAAACGAGGAGUGCAGGUGUGUUGAAGGUGUACAUGAUAUGACGUACGGGCGGCCCUUGCGUGGGAUGAUAGAGAGCAGCGCUGCUUUGAUCGUCAGCAGGGGGACAUCAAGGCGAGCGAGUUCUUCUUUUGGUUAUCUUCUGGCCGGCUGUCGAGAACUGGAAAGAACGACGUGUGGCAGUGUGACGUGAGAAGAGCAACAUUGUGGAACACAGUGGAACAAAGCAACGUGAGAGAAUCGACAAGACGACGCGCCUCGACGCGUGACAAGACGGUAUAAGUGGAGAGCGAGUGAGUAGCGCAGCCGUAUUCACUACGAUGCCCUCUGCCAGCGUGGGCCUCCUGCAACAAGAAGGCUCGCGACCUUGUGGUGAGUCUUCCGCGAGGGUGGCCACCUUGACCGUGGCGUCAGCGUGGCAGCUGGAUGGGCGACGCGCCCGUCGCCCACAGCUGGCAGUGAUUGGUGGGGUGGGGUCGGUGGGGUCGGGGGUGGACUGCUGCUGCUUCUUCCUUUGGGUGGAGCAGAGGGAGACCUGCGUCGUGGUGGUCUGCGGUGUGGCAGGUUCUCGGACCUCAACUUUUACACGCAGCACUUGUGUCGGAGCGGCCCAAGCUCCUUGUUUAUUGGCGUUCAUGAAUUCUCUGUCGUACGGGGAGAUGCUAGCCGAGAAGGGGGAGAGCAGUGGGCGACGACGUCGAGUACGAAAGGGGAGCUGGGGCGGAGGCCGCGGGCCAGCUGCCGCCUGCAGCCAAUCAUUGGAUCCUCGCGGUGAGGACUUCAUCGUGCCGUCAUCCUCCGUAGGGCGGCUCUAUCGAAGAGAGGAGAAGUAAGAAAGCGGGGGUGGGGGUGGGGGCGUUGGUGAACUUUGGAGGGGGGGGGAUUGGGCGGUGAAGUUGGCGUCUUCGGCUGUGUGCAACCAUGGGCGCGACGGUGAGCGGCGGCGUUGGUACCCACCAUGCCGGUGCCGUCCCUAGUGAUAAACGGUUGCAGCAACGCACGCCAGGGAGAAGUUGGCCCCCCUCCUCGCAGAUGGAGGGGAUGUUCUCCAUUCCGGAUGGUGGCCGGGAAGGAGCAUUGUCUGCUGCGCCUGUUGGUGCGGCAGCUCAUGAGGUGGAGAGUGUUGGACGCCUGGAGGCCUUCCACCCCAUUCGCGAUGAUAAUUCGUCGAAAACUCCGCAGAUGAGAACGCAGCCUCUUGCCAUCUCGUCCUCUGGACUAGAUGUUGCUACGGCUGUGCAACAUCGCGGGAGUCCUCAUGCAACAACUACGCUCCAGUUCUCUACUAGACCGGAUGCUGCCGCCGCUGCUGCGGUGGAACAUCAUCUGACGUCUCACGGCUAUGGACAUGCGGUUGUCUCCGACGUGGUCGAGAGAAUGGAUGCCGGCUGGCGCUAUGGCAGUCCUUCGAAAAUCGAGGCCACCAGACGGUUAUCAUCAUCUUUGGGCCGCGGCACUGGUGGUCCACGUGGCGGUCCUCAACGUGCCGUGGAACAGAUUUGGCCACUUACUACUGAUGCUUCUUCUGCGGACCUGCUGGUGAAUGCUGAUGAUGAUCUGGCUGUGGAAAAGGCUACUACUGGGGAUGGCCAUGGACGGCCGUCGUCAUCAUCGGGGGUCGACGGUGGUGCACUUGCAGCCGCUGAUUGCAUCUCAUGCGUUGCUGCCUCUGCUGCUGAUCUGGGAACUGCGGAAAAUGCCGCUGCAGAAGAUGGAGGGGGCCUUGGGGAUGACGAGGGUGGCCAUGCAUCCGACCGUGAUUACGAAAGUGAAGCGAAGUCUCGAAGAGUCUUCUCCGAACUCUCCGAGUCGGAAGCCAUUGUUGGGGAACUUAUUCCCGAUCGCGGGAGCAUAAUGUACUACGAAGAGACGGAGGGGAGAGGGGGGUGCCUUGGGCAGCAUGUUGGAAAUGACGAGAGGAAAAGCCGCACAACUCCAACAACAAUUGGCAGGGAGGGUUACCUGAGGGAGGCGGUGAGUAGUGCCAGUGAUCCUGGAGGAUAUUGUGCGAGGUCUGAUGGCCAUGGUGCAGCUGGAAUGGCGGCCUUGUACUCUCACCAAGAAAUGGAGGAUGAAACUUCAGCUUACCUGAUGAGUCACGAUGUUGAAAACGCAACUACCUUCCUUUCGAGAGAAGAAGAGGACUUAGGUGCGAUUGCAUCAUCAGAUUCGGUCGUGAGCUUGGGAGAGCUGACGAUCGUUUCUUCACCAAAGGCUGCGACUGAUGGUGGUCUGAACCUCGAUCUGGAGAGGAGGACGAGACGUGAUGCCAGGUCAUGCUCGACAAGGGAUGCAGAGGGUAGUGUUGUGGACUCUAUGGUUGGUUUCACCGCCAUGGCUUCUGCUUGUGCCCUCCCGGUGGACGAAGAUGGAGAAGGUGAAGAAGAAGAAGAAGCGAACAGAUCUAUUGAGGAGGUGUGCAGCCUUCAGGCGGUUACCGAUGACGAGGGCAUGAACACGAAGAAGUACUAUGAAUCGUCCAAGGAAGAAGGUGAAGCGGAGCUUCGAUCCUAUCCCACCGAUGAGCAGCAGCUGGAGUUGGCUAGUGCUGCGGAAGAGGUUGGAAUGGGUGACUUGCGCAGUGAUCCUGGCCCCUGUCGCGAAAUGAACGGAUCAGAUGGCUCUGAUGCUCCAAUUGGUGUCCAGGAUGCUGGCAAGAUUAUUCAUGACAGUGGAGCCAUGGACUUGGCUUUCCCGCUGGCUGAGGGUGGCUCUACUGAAGUGCCAGAUUGGAGCAGCAAUUCGUUCCCUCGCGAGGUCGAGCCUAGAGCAAUUAACGGCCUGGGAAGGCAAAUCCCCGAAGAACCAUCUGUCAAGGGUGGUGCAGCUGCUGCGGCAGCAGCAGCGGUUUCCUCCUCGAAGAGACGAACCUGGUGGAAGUCUCUUUUUGGCAGCAUGAAAGGUUCUGCAAAUGGAAAGGAUAGGGAGGAACACCAGGAGCAACGGCAAGGAAAUCAGCAUUCAAACCAAGGUUUGAACCUCAGGUGGAAGGUGGGGAGUGGUAACCCUCUUCAUGGCAAAGAGGGUGGCGAUACCGACACGGCACCUGCAUCUAACGUGUCCACGCGCUCUGAGAGUGGAGUGGCAGGGACUGUCUCUUCCAAGCUAGGGUGGUCCUCCGACCGAAAGAAGGUCGGAGCUGGGCACUGGUUUAAGUGGGAGAAGGGUGACAGGCCUUCUGUGGUUGAAACUGCUCCUGCUACUGCAUCUCAAAGUGGACGAACCGGAGGUGAUCGAAAUACGCAUUUUCUCCUUGGCAGAUGUGGGUCAGGUAUACUGCUUGACGAGAGGAACGUGAAAGGUGCUCAACUGGGAGGCGCACGUGAGGAGAGAUCUGUCUCAGUGCAGAGUGCGCCGAACCUUCUUGCUCUCAUCGCUAAGGAGCAGAUGCCAGUGCAGCCACCACCCACUCCAUCUAGCGUGUUAGCUCCUGCCUCUCUGGAGAGUAGAUCUUCCUGGCUCGAUCUGAAGGCUAUUGAGAACGCUUCUGCUAGUGCUGGUGCCAUAAGAAAAACGUGGGUCAUGGAGUGGUUGGACAGACUUGACGUGAGCCCUGGAGCAUGGGAUGUGCCAGAGGAGGAUGUUAUUCAUGAAGAGAUUGAGAGCUCGAGCACCCGUCCCGCAGUUGAAAAGCGAAUGGGAACAGUUGGAAACUUGCAGGGUGAAGGUGCUGCCGUUAAGAAGGCUCAGUGGAAACGCUCUUUGUCCUUGAAUUCCUUGACGGAAAAGAAUGUUGCCGAGUCCCGUGCUGUGGCACAUGUGGCUGGCGGAGCCGAUGGAGGGGGUCUCGGUACAAAAGAUUCUGCAACUGUGGCUGAUAUGGAUGCAGCUGCUGCCAUCCUGCAGCACCUGGACAAGACUGCUAAUGCAGUAGCAAUUUCUGGUCAGAGUCUGAAACUGGUUCCUGCGUUUGGAGCCUUCUCAAACCUCCGCAAUCUGGACCUGUCGAGGAACUCAAUAGCAAGGAUUCUCCCGGGGAGUCUGCCGAGGAGUCUGCAUGUCCUGGAUUUAUCAUACAACAAGCUGUCUGUAAUUGAGGGUCUCCGGGACCUGACGAGGCUGCAAGUGCUCAAGCUCUCGUUCAACCGCAUCGUUCGUAUUGGUCAUGGUCUGUCCAGCUGUACCUCUCUCCGUGAAUUGUACUUGCAGUACAACAAAAUCAGUGAAAUUGAAGGACUUCACCGGCUGCUGAAGCUCACCGUCCUUGACCUGAGUCAUAACAAGCUUACAUCAAUGAAAGCGCUGGGGCAGCUGGCGGCCAAUUACAAGUCGCUUCAGGCUCUAAGCUUGAAAGGAAAUCCAAUCGUAACAAAUGUGAGUGGUGAGCCGUUCCGGAAGUUCAUCAUGGGACUGGUACCACACCUCCUUUACCUCAACCAAGAACUUAUCAAACCUAUCCCAGGGCGUGAUGGGCUUAAUGAGAGCUUGGCAAAGACUGUGCUUGGGCCAACUGGGUACAAUACGCAGCGAGCGAGUAGGCCUCGAAAGUAUCAUCGUUCCUCCCAAACAGGGCACUCAAAAGUCCACUCUAGCAGCAGUGGGCACCAGUCACGAAGUGCAUCCCAGAGUGGAGGGCAAGACAACAAUGCACGGCGUCACAAGUCGUCCACAACGAAGGCAAGCAAGCAGAGCCAAGGAAGCAGUGCAAAGCACCUGCACAAUGGCUCCCUCGCCCGACAUGCUGUUGGUUUAAUCCACCCUCAUGACCAGCAGCAAUAUCAGGAUGGACACUAUUAUGGCCAGCAGGCGGAUGAAGUGGAGCGUGCAGAGAGCAUGCCUGUAAAGGCUGUGAACAUUGCGAAUGAGGGUCUCCAUAUAGCUCGGCCUAUCAAGCAUGUGAAGAGUGAGAGUGCUUUGGCUAGUGCGACUGGAAAUUAUCCUCCAGAUAGCUUCUCUCAGGAUGGGGAAGCUUGCGGCUUUGAGUUUUCGACUGAGCACAGACCGUCUGAGGUGUGCAUGGACGAUGUUCACACGAUGUGGGGGAAUCACCUGUAUGCAGUUGGUUCUUUUAGCCAUUGGAAUCGUCAAGGAAGAGCAGAAAUGCCUGAUGUCGAAGGUGAGGUUGCAAACCAUGCUGCGUUUCCAACAAUGCAGGUGCGAGUUCCCUGUACUGUCGGGCUGGGGCCGGUGGGCAGUGUGAUGGCUUCCUAAGUUGAUGACAAUGUUGUAAGGAUCUCUUAACGUGGCAAAUCAGUUCAGAAGAGUCUUGGGAUGUCAUGGGUUAGUUGAUUAGUGCUGCCUUUUGGGCUGUACAUGGAGGUGUUCAUGGACGGGCGCAAAUUGGAACGCAUAAGCCAUGGGAACAUGGGCUGUGUGAUAUGUGAGAUGUAUGUGUGAGGAGGUACGCCGUCCUGGUCAAGAUGGACGAGGGCUCUCUUCCAGUCUUCCAGGCAGGAACCUGGUGUGUGUGAGCUGUAGUGGGAGUAAGGUAGGCAGAUCGUGUUCACGAGUAGGGAUUCACAUUGCUUGUUUGUUUGCAUGGCUUGCAGCCAUAAAAAACGAGUAAGAACCCCCCUUUCAGUUGUAAAACCCCUUCCACACCGUGUACCCUGCCUCGAUGAUUGCUGUUUGUUGCCACUUGUGAGGUAUCGUUGGACUCUGCAGCUUGCAGCUUGCAGUGCUUCUGAAGUGACUGUGCAAGCUCGGUAUACCUUUGUAUGCCUUUUAAUGUGGAAUAGGAGUGCCAGCAAUUUGCAUCCCGUCGGGGAAAACGUUUGCUUGGAAAGGCUGCCUGAUGAGACUCUGCUGUGGUCAUCUGCUGGUAAGGGCACCGUGUGCAGGUUGUCUGAGCUGUAAUGGGAGUCCGUACAUGAGGGCUGCAGCUCGCAGUGCGUCUGAAGUGAGUGUGUAAGCUCGUUUUGCUUUCCUAUGCCUUUCAAUGUCGAGUCCGCAAUUUUGCAUUCCAUUGGGGAACAUUUGCUUACGCUUGGAAAGGCUGCCUGGGGAGACUGCUGUGGUCAUCUGCUGCUAAGGUCACCGUGUGCAGGUUCAGUCGUGAAGUGCAGUUGUUCCAUGUAAACGCUCUCCCUCUCUUCCGUGUUCCAUGACAGUAGGUAGGAGGUGCUUAAGAGUUUCUUCCCAUUGUUUACCUGCGUUCAGUUCUCAGCCAUUCUUUACUUCCUGGAUUCCAUUCGCAGCCUUGUUGGCUAGCAUGUGUAGUGUAGUUUCUCAGCUGGUCUUGCACCAUAUAGUUGGGAAUCGGUAAAGCAAAAUGCUUAAUAAAUUAAUAAUAAAUGUAAGGGGACCCCUACAAAAGGGUCCUGAGCCCUGACACAUUCCUAUGUAUCGAUACAUUUUCACUAGCGUCACUUGGAAAAGAAAUCAGCAGGGAUUUGUGUUCCUGUGUAUCCUGGUUUUGACUUUUUUUCCCUUUCGUUUCUCAAUUUAUUGAAGUCCGGUUGUGUUUGAUAUUGAUUGAUCAUGGCGAAGGGGUUCAAUGGCGGUGUAGAAUUUUGCUUUGUCCUUUUUUGUAAUUCCGGUCAGUGCUGUGUCUAUGGAUCCCAACAGGAGGGUUCGGACCGAUCAUCGCAUUUGUAAUUUUGUAUGUCUUGCAGUUAUUUUCCUUUCUGUUUUGGCUUGGAGGUGUUUGAUGUUGAAAAUUUGUGAGGUUUUUCCACUUUUUUCAAUUUGUGAAUUUUUUCAGACUAGACUUUUUUCAAGGUUCACGGGGGGUGCAAAACGGGUCUUGCAUCUUGUGAGUUUUUUUUGUCAAUCUUUGCCCUGCUUGUAUGGACAACUGCCGUCUUCACCUGAAUAGAGCACACCGGUUCAUUAUCCCUGGAUAGUUGCCGCAGAUAGAGCCAUUACAGCGACCCGGUGCUCUAUUCGGGAGAAGAUGGUGAUGUGCGGAUCGUGUGAUAAUUCUCUGAAUCACUCUUUUCCUUUCUCCCAGGCUGCGUUCAUGUGAGCAGUCUUGGUUGUCAGAAGAGGACUUCACUGAAAGUAGAUGCACUGAGGUGGGGCGUUGGAUCGGGAAGGGAGGGGUGCAGAAGAAGAAGAGAGAAAUGCCGGGAUGGGAAAAAGGAGAACUUGGAGAAGAGAGAAUCGCCGAUAUGGGAGAAAAGGAGAAGAGAGCAGAGCAGCGGCGCAAGUUCCUUUUGAAUGGAGACGA